GUUUAUAAAUUCAAUUGAUCGAAGAAAAUGGCCGUUGAUUUUGCGUUUGUGAUCAUAUGUCAAACAAAUCAAAAAUAGUGGUGAAUAACAAAGUGUUGCGUUUUUAUUAGUCUCUUGGAUGCAUAACCGAUGUUUAGGCGUCAAUUCAAGUGUAACCAAUGAACUGAAACUUUGAAAUAAAAAAUGAUUGUACAAGAACCCGUGCAGGCUGCCAUUUGGCAUUGUUUGAACCACUACGACUACACGGACGCUGUGUUCUUAUCAGAACGAUUGUAUGCUGAAGUAAAAUCGGACGAUAGUCUGUUUCUAUUGGCCACUGCGUACUACAGAAGUGGCCAGAAAGACCACGCAUACCACAUUUUGAAAGAACGCACUGAUGCUUCGACUCAGUGCAGAUAUUUGUUUGGAAUUUGUGCUUAUGAUCUCGAAAAAUAUGCUGAAGCUGAGGCGGCUUUGUUGCACUCAAAUAAAACGAGUAAUGAUUCGGAAAAUUUCGACGACAUCACAACAGAAUACGGUGAUCAAGCCCCAUUCGCUUUGAAUUUAUUGGGUAAUAUAGCUGCCAAAACCGAGAGAAAACCUCGUGCCAUAGAUGCGUGGAAACGAGCCUUAAAACUAAAUCCAUUUCAAUGGUCCAUUUUUGAAAAUUUAUGCAAAAUAGGAGAUAAACCAAACCCACAAAAUAUUUUUCAAAUAACAGGUGUUGAAAAUUUAUCAAUGUGCCAGGGAAGUAAUAUUAACAAUAUUGAAAGUGUUGUUAUAACAAACAACAAUUCAAAUCAAGAUAAUCAAGAGACAUAUGCGACGACUCCACAACAGAUUCUUGUGAAUUUUAGUCCGAAUGUUGUAACUUCGAAUUCGAAAUUGUGUACGCCGGAUGAAAAUCCGACAGUUGUGCAAAAUGUGUGGCUGUCGGGGUUUGCCCCUUUCACGUCGAGGACCAAGGCGCUGAGAUUUCGGAUGGAUUCCACCAGCAGUCCUAGUCCUCAGCCGAGCUUUGGCCACUUCUUGGACACCUCCCCCGACGGUUAUUUCAGCACUCCAAAUCUCCUAUCCCAGCCAAAACUGACCGAAUCCAACAACCACCACCAAUCAUUGGCAAAAAGAAUGAAAGCACAAGUGGACCAAUUCAUCAAUCGCAAAGAACCGAUCCUCCAAAACUGUAAACCAUUAUUUAGCCAAUCGACAAACGUAACCAAAACCCCAACGAUAUCACUCCCACCAUGUCAAAAUGUCCGACGUAGUUCACGUCUAUUCACAAACAGUUAUUCAGUCAAAGAAAACAACAAGUCACCAAAUCGAACAAAAUUCGCCACACCAAAAUCGCCAUCGCGAAAAACCAAACAACGUAUGGCGAAAUGCAAUUUAAAUAAAACAACAGCUUAUACGGAACUCAAUACACGAAAUCGCAUCGAGAAAGAAAAAACCGAAACGGUAACUUCCACCGAUGCAAAAAACGAAAAAAGUGCAAUAAGUAAUAAUAGUAUAGAGAGUUGUGUCCAACAAGCGAUUUUGAUGCAAAAACAGAGCGCCGAAGGGCUGAUGGUACUCUUGAGGAGUUUAGGCGAGGCAUAUUUACAUUUAUCGAAUUUUAAUUGUAAAGCUGCAAUUGAAGAAUUGAAUGCAUUACCACCGAAUCAGUUUCAAACAGCUUGGAUUUACUGUUUGCUCGGACUCGCCUACUUCGAAUUGACUGAUUACGAGUCUUGUAUAAAAUAUUUCAGUAAAGUACAUAAUCUUGAACCGUACCGGAUACAGUUCAUGGAUAUUUAUUCAACGGCUUUGUGGCAUUUACAAAAAGAGGUGGCCUUGUCAGCCUUGGCUCAAGACCUCAUCAAUAUGAACAAAAACUCACCGGUCACGUGGUGUGUCAGUGGCAAUUGUUUUUCCUUGCAUAAGGAGCAUGAUACUGCGAUUAAGUUUUUCCAAAGGGCUGUUCAAGUCGAUCCUCGGUUUCCCUACGCUUAUACUCUCCUCGGGCAUGAAUAUAUCACGACUGAGGAGCUCGAUAAGGCAAUGAGUUGUUUCCGAAAUGCCAUAAGACUGGACCCAAGGCAUUACAAUGCCUGGUUUGGUAUCGGAACGAUUUACUCGAAACAGGAACGAUACCAUUUGGCCGAAAUAAAUUACUCGCGAGCUUUGCAAAUAAACUCGCAGAGUUCGGUGAUACUUUGCCAUAUUGGGAUAGUUCAACAUGCCUUGAAACAGACCGAGAAGGCAUUGAAAACGUUUAAUGUAGCUAUAGCGAAUAAUCCGAAGAGUCCUUUGUGUAAAUUCCACCGAGGAUCGAUUUAUUUCGCCCUUGGGAGACAUGCAGAAGCGUUGAAGGAGUUGGAGGAGUUGAAGGAGAUCGUUCCCAAAGAGUCCCUAGUUUACUAUUUGAUAGGCAAAGUUCAUAAGAAGUUAGGAAAUACGGAUUUAGCGUUAAUGCAUUUUAGUUGGGCGACGGAUUUGGAUCCGAAAGGGGCGAGUAGUCAGAUUAAGGAGGCGUUUGAUCCGUCUAUUGGACGUACUUCCUCCACGGAAUCGACGACUUCGCCCCCUGUUGAGGAGUUUCUCGGAGAUAGAAGGCCGAGUUUGCAGCCGGAAGCGCUAAAUUUUGGGAAUCUUCCAGAUGAUAGCGAGGAUAGUUUCUAGUAAACACCAAUUUCUACGGUUGAAUUGCGACGAUUUUGUUUAUUUGAAGGAAUUUUCAUUUCUGUGGAAGAGUUGGUUAUUAAUAAAUUGUGGAAUUGUGUAAAGAUGUGUUCGGUUUGUCAUUAAAUGAUAUAAGAAUUGUAUGAUUUUCAGUACUGAUGUAUAUUUUUAAUCCCUUCUUACGUGUACAUUCUACUUUAAGUUUGAAUCGGUAGAGUUUAUUUUAUUUUUAUACCACGUACGUCUCUGUUCAUUGUGUAUAGUUUACAAUUUCUAUAAUAUUUAUGCUGAUUAAAAUUGAAAAAACGUC